UCAGCAGGCGCCGUUGUUUUCUUUCCGCCCCCCCCCUCUCCCCUCCACAGCCUAUUCCCCUUGUCUUCUCAAGAUGUCGUCGUCACGCGUCGGUCUCCGUUUCUUCCAGAACUCUCGCGCUGCGUUCCGCAAUGCGUCCGCACCUUUCCGCCGCCAGGGCGCCCAGUCUCGCCGGUGGCAGAGCGCCGAAGCCGGGGAGCAGCAGACCAUCUUCCAGCGUCUAUGGAAUAGCCCGGUCGGUGUGAAGACUGUUCACUUCUGGGCCCCCGUCAUGAAGUGGGGUCUCGUCAUCGCAGGCAUCUCUGACUUUGCUCGUCCGGCCGAAAAGCUCUCGCUGACCCAGAAUGCCGCCCUGACUGCCACGGGUGCGAUCUGGACCCGGUGGUGCCUUAUCAUCACACCGCGCAACGUUUUGCUCGCUACCGUCAACUUCUUCCUCGGAUGCGUCGGUGCCGUCCAGGUCUCGCGUAUUCUCAUGUACAGACGCAGCCUGAACGACGGCUCUAGCGUCGAGGCGGCCAAGGAUAUCGAGGCCGAGGUCGUGGAUGCCGCCAAGUCGGUGGUGGAGAAGACCGAGAAGGCCGUCGAGAAGGCCAUCGAGAAGGCCGCUUAGAUGGGCGUUUUGAGACGGAAAUAAACCGGGCACUUUUCAGGCCACUUUUGGACGGGACACAAAAAAAAAACGGAAUUGUCGGUCAAUUUGUAUUAGUGCUUGUUGGAUGG